AUGUUUCCUCCAUCGAAAAAUGGCAGAGACAGGCCAAUCGUUGCUGACUGGAUGGCGGGUGUCCAGUCCCUUCUUCCCGCGGUGGACUUUGAUCACCCCAAUGACAGUGCUGAACCUAAUCGUCACCCGGAUAUUAGUGCUAUUGAUUUUGCGGCCGACGACUUCAAUUUCACGACAGAUCUAACAGAUGAUGUAUUCUCAAACCGACUCCCUCUAUUAUGCGACGAUACAUUUGACGAUUUCUUCUCAUUCGAUCACGAUGCCAAUGGCAGUGACAAUUCCUACCCCAUCUCCCCAUUGACCGAGAUGGCCCAAUCAGCCAACGCGCGCGCCGACGACGAUCAACGCAGCAUCCCCCGAUCCAAGCGAGCCAACACCACCACUACUGCAGGAACACAGCAGCGCGACGCACAGGAUCUCAGGUGUUGGGACCACGGGUGUAACGGGCAGUUGUUUACGACGCUGAGCAACCUGAAGCGGCACCAGAAGGAGAAGUCUAGCCAGCGGCCUUCUUAUCCGUGUAAUAUGUGCGGUGCUAUCUUUAGUCGCACUACGGCGAGGAAUCAUCAUAUUCAGAAUCAGAGCUGUAAUAGGAUUCGACGACAUUCUAAUGGGAGGGUGCGACCGAAUAGAACGUUGAGGUCAUUGACACAAUAGCGGUGCGCUGGUUGUUUG